UUGAACAUCACGUCACAGAACACUCCGGAUCCAUUCUUCGCCGUCGCCAAUGGCAAGUUCUACAUGACUUUCACUGCCAACGAUCGCGUGCCGCUAUGGGAAGCCGAUAGUCUGGUCGACUUUUGGGGAGAUAGCCCUACCAUUGCGCCCAUCUGGCGACCACCUCCAGAUACCUCCCAUUCUGCUCGGCUAUGGGCCCCCGAGCUGCAUUGCCUCCGUGGUCGAUGGUAUGUCUACUAUGCCGCCAUGGAUCCUAAAUUAGGCAAUGCGUCGCAUAGAAUGUAUGUCUUAGGCGGGCCUCCUGCGACAGCCGAUCCCCAUACCGGCCCUUGGGAAUUUUUAGGUCCGAUCAAAGGCAUGGACCAAAGACAGUGGGCGAUCGAUGGGACGGUCUUCGAACUCGCAGACAAGCUGUAUUUUGUGUACUCUGGCUGGUCCCUCGAUCGGUCCUUUGGGGAUGUGCGAGAGGAUCUUCAGGAGUUAUACAUUAUCCAUCUCUCAGAUCCAAUCUCUGCCGCCUCGAAUCCUGUAUGCAUCUCCACUCCCGAUUGUCCCUGGGAACGAACAGGUCCAGUCGGCAUCAACGAAGGCCCUCAGUGGCUCUCGUCUCCAAACGGUCAGUGGAGAGGCUUGGUCUACAGCUGUGGCGCAAGCUGGACUCAGCAUUACAAAAUGGCCCUCUUGCGCUUAAUUGGACACGAUCCCCUCUGGGCCCCAAAUUGGCAGAAAUCAAGAGAGCCAUUGCUCCAGAAUGCAACUCAUGGCCAAGGGCCUUUCGCACCUGGUCACGGCUGUUUCCUUCAACUCGGAGAGGAUACUGUUGCACUCUUUCAUGCCACAGACAGAGACACUGAUGGAAAUCAAGGUCGAAAGUGCAGGAUGCAGAGAGUGUCAUGGACACAUUCAGGUCCAGUGAUGGGAAAAUGUGUUGGAAGAGCGACCAGAGAUGUUCAAGAAUUUCUCGGCCAUCAGCCCUGCGGUGCA